AUGAAGCUGUGGAGUCCGUUUCCAGCACUACUCGUGCUGUUGAACUGUGUUUUGGUGUUGGCUAAUAAGGAAACGAUAAACCAAAAUGACCACCAAGUUUGUUCUGGGAUGUACUCUAAAGAGGAUUGGAAAGGAAAGGUGGACCCGUUCAUUUCAUUUAAUGUGAAGGAUAUAAGUGAAAUAUCUGAGGGAGACCCUGGGAUGUAUGUGGCAAUCUUUGAUUUUCAGGAUUUUGAACAUUUGGGAGCAGUUUUACCGGAUGGCUCUAAGUAUUACAUUUGCGAUGAUUAUGCAAUUGAACUGGGGUUAUGUGAAGAAUCACACAAGAAUGAGUUUAUUGUUGAGGAAGUAGCGUAUGAUCCUUUCUCGGAGGAAAAUAGGACUCUAGUGAAUCAGAUUAUGACUUUUUCCCAGAACUCUAAGGGUUUGCACGAUACUAAGUAUCCUGUUAAGCAGACCGGCUACUACUGUGUUACUGCAUUUACCAGCUCCAGCUCUACAAAAUUCAAAGCCACCGUCAAUUUCAGGAAUGCCUACGGUCACUUAGCCGCCUCAGAAGUCAAUAAAAUGCCGCUAUAUGGGUUAUUGGCAAUCGGAUACGUUGUAGCGAUGGCUUUGUACUCGUUUGCGUUCUGGAAGCACAAGCACGAAUUAUUAGCGUUGCAAAAGUACCUAUUGGCUUUCUUCGUGUUUUUAACUGCAGAAACCAUCUUUGUGUGGGCGUUUUACAGUAUUAAGAACGAAAAGGGAGACAGUGCUGGUCUGAAAGUUUACCUGGUGUUCUUGUCAAUUCUGACCGCCGGCAAAGUGACAUUUUCGUUCUUCCUACUAUUAUUGGUUGGUUUAGGUUAUGGUAUCGUUUAUCCUAAAUUAAACAGAACUUUGAUGAGACGUUGCCAGAUGUUUGCCGCUUUGAAUUUUGCCCUUUGUGUUGCAUUCUUGAUCCAGAGUUAUUUACAAAGAGCAGACUCCACUUCUCUAUUGAUCUUUAUCACCAUGGUCCCAUUGACCAUCUCCAUGUUUGUCUUUUACUUUAUGGUUCUUAGAUGCAUGGGCAAUACUGUGCGUUAUUUGAAGGAGCAAAGACAAGUUGUUAAGUUGAACAUGUACACGAAGCUUUUGACUAUAAUUUACGCUUCGCUACUGAUAGUUCUUGCCGGCCUGGUGAUCUCCACAUUUGUUCUUAUCGGCAUGAACACGAUCGAAAUGAUUGAACAACAUUGGAGAACAAGAUUCUUUUUCACCGAUCUAUGGCCAAGUCUCGUUUAUUUCGGUGUCUUUGUCACAAUCUCUUUCAUCUGGAGGCCUACUGACACUUCAUACAUGCUAGCUUGCUCUCAGCAGUUGCCCACUGAUCCUGAGAAUGUCGCAGAUUUUGAUCUCGAUGAUCUACAAUCUCUGGGAGAACCAGCUGACGAGUUUGAUGACACUAUAAGAGAUGAAGACAUGAUAUUUACCGAUGAGGAAGACAACCGUAAUGACACCCAACAGCACACAACCGAGCACCCAAAAUGA